CACUCUUCUCCCUAAAUGCCAACUCCCCUCUCCUGUUGAGCUCAAUUGAAGGAUCCGUCUUAUUUUGAACAUGUCACUCAUUUCUGACGCUAUUUGGGCUGCGUCGCCCAGUACAACUCGUGGCCAACCCACCCCUCUCUCCUCCGAUCCAAAAGGUGAAAGAAUAGCCUACGCCUCCAACAAAUCCAUUUUCCUCCGUUCGAUCGAUAACCCCGCUAUCAGUAAACAAUACACACAGCAUACCACCCAGACUACCGUUGCUCGGUUUGCGCCCUCAGGGUUCUAUGUUGCAAGUGGAGACGUGUCCGGAACCGUCCGAGUAUGGGAUUGCGUAGGCGAAGGUGCUACGAAAGGCGAAUAUCACAUUAUCGCCGGCCGUAUCAACGAUCUUGCAUGGGAUGGCGAUUCACAGCGUAUAAUUGCCGUUGGAGAUGGCAAAGAACGUUUCGGCCACUGUAUCACGGCCGAUAGCGGCAACACUGUUGGCGAGAUCUCUGGGCACUCGUCACAGAUUAACUGUGUGUCUAUUCGACAACAGCGCCCUCUCCGCGCUGCGACAGGUUCCGACGACACCAGUUUAGUGUUCUACCAUGGCGCUCCGUUCAAAUUUAAUACCAGCCUUCGAGGUCAACACAACAGAUUUGUCUUUGGCACCGCUUUUGCCCCAGACGGCUCUGUAUUUGCCAGUGUUGGUGCGGACAAGAAGAUCUGGCUAUACGAUGGACGGACUGGAGAACCUAAAGGCCAGAUUGGGGAGGGUGUGCAUACUGGCAGUAUAUUUGGCAUCUCGUGGGCUAAGGACUCGAACAAAUUUGUGACAGCAUCCGCAGACCAAACAGUACGAAUAUGGGAUCUAGAGGCGGGCAAAGCGAUCCAAACAUGGAGAAUGGGGGAGGAGGGCACCCCAAGUAUCCCAGACCAGCAAAUGGGAGUCGUUUGGCCAACAGGGCGUAGUGAUGGCCUCGUGAUAAGUGUUGACCUUGAAGGGAAUCUCAACUAUCUUGUCGGUGGAAACCCAAAACCAACACGGGUGGUUCGUGGUCAUCAAAAGAACGUCACGGCUGCUGGAAAAUCUGGGUCGACCUUUUUAACGGGAUCUUAUGAAGGCCGAGUCCUUGCAUGGAACAUUGCAGAAGGCCUGGCAGACAAGGUUGAGAGUGACUCACACUCGAAUUACGUGGCAGGCUUCGCGACCUCUCAUUCAAAAGGUGAGGCAGAAGUCUUUAGCGUAGGCUGGGACGAUACUCUGAGAUCUAUAUCUGUUCCAAACAAGAUCUUCACAGGGUCUCUCAGCUCCCUCAAGUUUCAGCCGAAGGGCAUCGCGACCUCGUCGGGAUUGGUUCUUGUACUGUCAUCUGAUUCGAUCGCGCUCUAUUCCGAAGGAACCAAAGCUGGGUCCUUUUCCGUCAAAUAUGGCCCCACCUGCAUAGCCGCAUCCGGGAUAACUGUCGCAGUAGGCGGUGAUGACAGACUAGUCCACAUCUAUUCGCUUUCUGGUACAGAAUUAAAGGAGACAGGCACGGAGGUUCGUCGGGCAACAUCUCCUAUCUCUGCUCUAUCAUUCUCGGAUUCUGGCGACAAGCUUGCCGUUGGUACAAGUAACGGUAAAAUAUACGCUUUCGAGGCGUCUGCGGACUGGAAACUCAUCACGGACAGAUGGAGCGCGCACACGGCACGCAUCACGUGUUUGGCGUGGGAUGAAAAUGGCAGCUUCGCAGCAAGUGGCAGUCUGGACACCAAUGUCAUGGUCUGGAGCGUACAGGAGCCGGGAAAGCGUAUCAAAGCACUCAACGCCCACAAGGAUGGUGUCACGGGUGUGGCAUGGGAGAAGGCCGGCAAGGUGCUCUCCACGGGUGGAGAUGCGAGUGUGAAGGUGUGGAAGGUGGCAGGCUGAGGGCUGAUGUUCUCCCGAUGCGCCCUCAAUCAGACCUUCCCUGAGUAUCGGAUAAGCGAGUUCGCAGGAUCAAAAAAUGAGGCAACUCGUAGAAGGGCCAAGUAGAAGUUGGAGGACAUGGUCGGAUAGAAGAGUGUGUGGGUCGCGCGUGACAUGUGAAGGCCGGGUGUUCGUAUCUUGGACAGAUCUUACCAUGAGCUUUGAAGGCCUCUUGAUUGCCUUCUGCCUUAUCGAAUAAAAUCGCGCAUUGAGGCUAUGGCGUUG